GCCCCGCCGCAUUGUGGAGGGAGGGACCGCGGCCCGCAGCCGCCUCCGCCGCUGUGCGGGGCCGGCAGCUGUCCGAGGUGCUGAAUCGUGCGGGACCUGGAGCUGUCCGAGGUGCUGAAUCGUGCGGGACCUGGAGCUGUCCGAGGUGCUGAGCCGUGCGGGACCCCGGAGCUGUCCGUGGUGCUGAGCAGUGCGGGACUUGCAGUUGUCCGAGGUGCUGAGCCGUGCGGGGCUGGCAGCUGUCCGAGGUGCUGAGCUGUGCGGGGCUGGUAGCUGUCCGAGGUGCUGAGCAGCGCCGCGCCCGGGCGUCAUCAUGGUGUUUGCUCCAGGUGAGAAACCAGUACCAGAGCAAGAUGAGGUUAAGCUACAGAAUGCCAGCAAGCAGAUAGUGCAGACUGCUAUCCUCCAAGCUGUCCAGCAAGUUUCUCGGGAGAACCAACAAAAGGAGAAGCGAACAAACAGCAGUGUGAGCCUCCAGCUAGAAAGAGGAAAGUUAACCAAGAAGCAUGAAAAAAAGUAAAGGAGCAGCUUGUGCAUAUUGAUUCUUCCGUCUGCCAUGAUUUCAGCCUUCUCUUUAGUAUCAGCUGUACUGCUAGUGCUGUGUUACUGUUGUGAAGCAAACCAAAGUAUAAUCAACACUUCCUUAGGCAUAGAGUAAAGCUGCAAUAGUCCUUGGCUGAAAAAAUAUUAAGUGCAUUAGAUGACUAACUCCAUAUUUAUGCAGUGCCUCUUAAGAGAAACAAUAACCAUAGCUAUAAAGGUAUUUCAAGCACAAGCUUUUAUGAUAUGGACUUAUUUUCCAAAGCUUGUUGUCAGUGCACUUCCCCAUCAGUUCUGCAAGCAGCUGCCAUGCCAGCUGGCCAGACUUUCCUCUGUCUUACCGAAGUCACUGAAGCUGUCUUCACAGCAGAAGCAGUUUACUAUUGAGUGUAGCAGAAUGCUCUCAGGCUGCUUUGAGAGAUGAGAUUGUCAUUUGUUUUGAUUAACCAUGGAUUAACCAUGGAAGUGAAAUGGCAGUAUAAAAUGGAUUUGGUAAGUUCCAUGAACAAUUUUCUUUUUUUCUUUUCAUCCGGGAAAAAAGAAAAGCAUCUACUAUGACUUUACAGCUACUACGGUCUAUGACUGUGAUCGUAGAUCUGUGAUCUUAGUCUCUUUCUUUUAAGAAGUUAAAAUAAGUACUACUCGUUUUGAAGUACUUCUGAACUUCUGUACAAAAAUCACUUGUGCCUCAACCACUCCCUUUAAUUUUCUUGAUAUUGAGAGAAGAGAAAUCAAUGUGCUUAUACAGAGUUUGCUAGCUAUGCCAGUUUUGAAAGUUUCCUGUGACUUGAUUUACAGAAAUGAAUACUGAAGUGGAUUUACAAAAAAAAGAUUUUGACUUUAUUAAUAUUUGAAGGAUGGAAAUACACUGUGUCUGAAUUCUCUCAUGGUAGAGGUUUCUCACCUGCUGGGCAUAAAGUGACUUUAGAUAUUUGCAAUUGUCACAUGGAUUGACCUCAAAUAGAACUGCUUUAAGCUAGUAAUGCAGAACUUAUCCUUUAACUACAAUAUAUAGCUGAAGAAAUCUGUGAUAUUUCUGAAAAUACACAUUAAAUAAAUAUAUAUUUCACUUUUA